GGGAGGCAGCGGCGGGCUGGGUGCCGGGCCCGGCUCCGGGCUCCCUCCCCGUCGGCCCCGGGCAGCGGCGGAGCCCGGGGCGGAAGCGGUCACCGCCGCCGCCGGCCCAUGGAGAAGCCGGGGCGCUGCUCGCCGCCGGGAGGCGGCCCGCGGGGGCCGGUGCUGCACAUCGCCGUGGUCGGCUUCCACCACAAGAAGGGCUGCCAGGUUGAAUUCUCCUAUCCUCCCCUAAUCCCAGGAGAAGGACACGAUAGCCACAGUUUACCCGAAGAAUGGAAAUACUUGCCUUUCCUUGCUUUGCCAGAUGGAGCUCACAACUAUCAAGAAGACACUGUCUUUUUCCACUUGCCACCAAGAUCUGAAGAGCGAACUACAGUAUAUGGCGUCUCUUGCUAUAGGCAAAUUGAAGCCAAGGCAUUGAAAGUACGGCAAGCAGAUAUCACGCGCGAAACAGUACAAAAAAGUGUCUGUGUUCUAAGUCAGUUGCCCUUAUAUGGAUUACUCCAAGCAAAGCUACAGCUCAUUACACAUGCCUAUUUUGAAGAGAAAGACUUCUCUCAAAUCACAAUUCUUAAGGAACUAUAUGAGCAUAUGAAUAGCUCUUUGAGCUCUACACUAGAGGGAUCACAAGUUUAUCUUGGUCUGUCUCCUCGAGAUCUUGUCCUUCAGUUUAGACAUAAGGUCUUAAUCCUUUUUAAACUGAUUCUUCUAGAAAAAAAGGUAUUGUUUUAUAUCUCUCCAGUAAACAGACUGGUGGGGGCACUAAUGACAGUCUUAUCACUCUUUCCUGGUAUGAUUGAACAUGGUCUUACUGAUUGCUCACAGUACAGACCAAGAAAGAGUAUAUCAGAGGAUCCUUGCUUGCAAGAAUUUACCACCCCUGUAGAUGAUUGUAUUUCUGUGCCUGCUGCUGAUGUUUCAAAUACAAACUCAGGACCAGCAGGGGAAGGCAGUAAGCUGAUGGGAAACCAGAUACUGGAGAAUCAGAAAAGAAAUGGAUCCUUUUCCCAGUCUGAAAAGAAAUGCAAUGGGGCACAGUCCUCAAAUGGUACUGGACAGUUUUUGAAACCUCCUAUGCUCAUGUCUCCAGAGUCUUCUGAAAGUGAUUGGGAAACCUUAGAUCCUAGUAUUUUGGAAGACCAUAAUAUGAAAGAACGAGAACAUGAAAACAUGGACUCGAAACAGACCGAGAUCUUUUCAAAGGAAUUGGCAACCUCAGAAAACCUUCCUAUUACUGUGCAGCCCCAAGCUAAUACAGGACAUGCAGUUCUUGUUCCAGGUUUGAUAUCUGGGUUAGAGGAGGACCAGUAUGGCAUGCCAUUGGCCAUCUUUACCAAGGGAUACCUUUGUUUGCCGUACAUGGCCUUGCAACAACAUCAUCUCCUGUCCGACGUAACAAUCCGUGGCUUUGUUGCGGGAGCAACCAACAUCUUGUUUCGUCAGCAGAAGCAUCUAAGUGAUGCAAUUGUGGAAAUAGAGGAAGCCCAUGUCCAAAUUCAUGAUCCAGAACUUCGGAAGAUCCUGAAUCCCACAACUGCUGACCUGAGAUUUGCAGACUACUUGGUGAAGCAUGUAACUGAGAACAGGGAUGACGUUUUCCUUGAUGGCACUGGCUGGGAAGGAGGAGAUGAGUGGAUCAGGGCUCAGUUUAAUGCCUAUCUUCAUGCACUACUAGCUAGUGUGCUGCAACCAGACAAUGAAAAGAUGCUGUCAGACUUUGGAACAGCCUUUGUAACAGCUUGGAAAAAUACACAUAAUUACAGAGUAUGGAAUAGCAACAAGCAUCCAGCUCUUGCAGAGGUCAAUUCUAGUCAUCCAUUCCAGGGCCAAUAUUCUGUCUCGGAUGUAAAGUUAAGGUUAUCACAUUCUGUCCAGAAUAGUGAACGUGGCAAAAAGAUUGGAAAUGUAAUGGCCACCACUAGCCGGAAUGUUGUACAGACGGGAAAAGCUGUAGGUCAGUCAGUUGGAGGAGCCUUCACCAGUGCAAAAUCAGCCAUGUCCUCGUGGCUUUCCACUUUUACUCAGUCAACGCAAGGCCUCGGGGACUGAAUGUAGCAUAUGAAUGAAUAGUGGCUUUAUACUGUGCUUCUCAGUAUUUCAGUUGUACUGGUCUUUCUCAGCUGUACAAAGAUUGCUGUAAAGUGUAGGUAUGGAGACUUAGCUGUGGAGAACCAAAUUGUCGUUGUUUGUUGCAUACAGAAAAAACUGAAAUGUUACUCUUCAGUGUCACUAUAAGUUUGAGUUUCUCCCCCAGUAUUGGGAGGAUACAAGUGGCAUAUAAAGCUCUAUUGCAGCACAUCAGUUAUUUAAAAUGAGUCCUUUUCUUUAAAUCUGAGCCUUCAUAAAGACACUAGCAAACAAACAAGGCUUGUUGCAAGCCAGAAUAUAGGUUUGAAGUCAGAUGUGUACAUUUUUUUUUUGAAUAGUGAAGAAGUUUAUGUAAAUUAGCUAUAUUUUACAAUUCAGAUAGCCAGAUAGUUCCUGUAAUAUUUGUUAGAAUUGAAGUGUAACAAUACUGAUUCAUACCUUUGGAUCUAAGGGCAUGCGUGUAAAAUUAGCAACACAGGCCAGGCUGAGCCCUUCUUGCUUUCAGUUUCAAAUGAAAUUCAGUACAGUUGCUAAUUGAGACUGCUUGAUGUGAUUUUUUUUUUUUUUUUGAUUUUUUUUUUACCCCAUCAUCAAACACGUGUAUUCAUCUAUAUUUAGCUUUCUUUUCUAUCCCCACAAACCUUUGUGACACUUGCAAAGUCAAUUUCUUGUUGUUAUCUGUAUUCCAUAGGUCAGAAUAUUAACUAGUUGAAAUGGUGACUGUUUCCACCAAACUUGUCACAGGACUUAAGCAGAAAUUCCAGUUAAAGAGAUUUCUUUAGGGAAAUACAUAACAGAAUAAACUCUACAAAAAUAUGAUUUAGAACCCUAGACAAAUAUAGCAGGUCAAAUAGAGCAGAAUUAUAAACACAGUUACAUGCAAGUGAACACAAGACUGUUACUAAAUUAGGACAGUAGUUUAAACUUAACAUUUUGUUGCCAGGAAGAUCAUGAAGACUUUUGAGUAAAAAUUGUCCAGAUGUGGUUCAGGCUUUCAUUUUUUUUUCUUUAUCUACUCAGGGAAUAUCCUUUUCAUAGGUAAGGACUCUUUUCAUUUUGAAAGCAAAACUGCUAUAGAAAUCUGAAGGUGAGCCAUAAAAAAAUAAAAAAUAAAAAAAAUGGCAUAGCCACUUGUACCUGGUGUGACAAUCCUGUAUUUAGUGCACGCCAUGUGUCGGUAUCUAAGUAUAUCCUGAAACAGGAGCACUUGUUCAUCAGACUUGAAUCUUUCGUCUCUGACAAACAUCUGUAAACAUCUGCAUUUCAGCCCCUAUUCUUUAACUUAACAUUCCUCUUCAUAAAGAAAGAAUGCUUGUAGGAUGAAAUCAUGUCCUAUGAACAUUGGUGGGAGCUUUGCCAUUCAUUUUCAUGGGGCUAGGAUUUUGCCUGUAGUUAUCUAGGAUGUCCAUCUCCUCCUUCACUUUGAAAGAGUGGAGCUGCAGUAGCUCUUCAUCUACUUCACGCUUAAAAAUUAAGAUCACUAGACAGCCUCUUAAUUCAGCUUCUUUAAAAAGAUUUAAAGCCACAUUUGCAACCAAUUUCCAUACACUGACACUUCUGUUCCCUUGUUUUUUCAUCUUCAUUGUUCCUCAUCUCAGCUUCCUAAAAAGCCAGUGUUUUUAAAAACUAAUUACAAGUAGAAACCCUUGAUUUUAAAAUUAAAUUUCACAGCUGUACAAGUGGCUUUACUUCUAAAACAAAUAUUUCUCUCGUGCCAGUAUUUUUUCCUACAGAAAUAAUGGUUAUUCACUAACUGCUUGUAUUGCUUUAAACUAAAUAAGUGUUCUGUAUCUUUUCUGCAGUACUUGAAUAUAGCUCAGCUCUGUCCCCUUUGCUCUUUUCCCAUUAUUCUAUCUUCUUAAAGACCAGGAACACUCAACAUGUAGAUACCUCUGAAAGAAGCUAGAUCAGAUUAGAAAAACUUUCCCUGACUUCUCAUUGGCCAUAAAGAUAUCAUGCACAUUAGAAAAUAGCAUGUUUAUUUUGGAGAAAUUUUGAAGCAGUUCCUUAUAAUAUUUGUUGACUUGAGUCUCAAGUAUUCAGACUUCAUGUUGUAGUGAAGGCAGUCUGUGGCCUCUGGGAUUCUAGAGUCAGAUAAGUAGCUGGGAUUUACAGGUACAAGGUGUAGAAGUAGGGCCUUUAUGGUUCCCCCUUCUUCCUGUAUUUUAGGACUUUGCCCUUUGCUAUUGUUGACUUCUUUAACUUUCUCCUCAGUUCUAGGAGCCUAUGAGGAAUCCUGAUUGGAAGAUUACUCAUUCAGGAGGAUGUCCUCGAUAACAGCAGGCCUGCUGCUGCUGUGUAGUAGGUCUCAGAGCUCCAGGGCUCUGUAGACAUUGGCACAGUUUGUUCAGAACUUGUGCUCUAUUAACUGUUGCGUGAUAUUCUCCCAGCUCUCCUUGUUCAGGAGUGGGAUAGUGGUUGUAGGAAGAGUAUUUUCCUUUUUCCUGCCCUUCAGCAUUCGAUUUCAAGUAUUAAAUUGACAGUUUUACUUGUACUUCAAUUCAAGUGAUGCUCAGAGAGAAAGGUAGGAGAAAUGCGAGGGUAUGCGUGCAUAUGUAUCUUGGGUUUUUUUCAAGGAGCAGCUCCUUGCUAGCAGUCUGAAACAGUAUUUACCUCAGAUUUACUACAGCCAAUGCAGGUGAACUGAUCAUUAGUAGAUACACUCUUUGCCAGUCACCUGAACUACUUUUGGGCAAUGGUGCGUGUAGCUACCAAAACAAAUGCAAGGCCUUGUCCAUUUGGAUAGUCUUACAUAGUCAGUCCUUCAGUUUAUUGUAAUACUGAUCUCUAGCAAAUCAAACUGAGUUAGUGGAACAGGUAUUUCUCCAAUGUUCAGGGUCUGAGUCGCAAAAUAACUGGAGAUUUGCAUCAUAUGACACAUUGUGAAGGCAUGUUUGCAUGUCACUAUGUAAUAAUUGUGGCUGUUUGAUUCCACUAAACAACUUCCUGGCAGAUAAAGCAUCUAGUUGUAUUCUAUGUGCUAGUCAACGCCUUCUGAUCAAACCCAGACACCAGUGGAACUACAUGUAGGUCCCAAACAUGAGACUGAGUACCAUUGACCAAGUUAGUCAGUCCUGUGUACUAAAUCUUUUGCCCCCAACCAGCAAUCCACUUGAUAUCAUACAGUUAACUUUCCUGCACAUGAUACUGAUCAGACUAUAUACCAGGCCAUUUAUAAUAAGUACCAUUUAAAAAAAAUCAGUGUUCCACUCUGUUUUCAUUUUACCUUGUACCACUGUUUUCAGCAUUUUUGUAACCAAAUUUAAUAUUUUGCUGAAAACAGCUUUUGAUUUCAGCAAAAUGUUACUAACAAACUAAAAGGGCAGUAUUACUAGUAAAAGUGAAGGCAUAAAAUGAGAUAUUUUGAAGACAAAAACAGACAUUUGAUAAUUAAACAUUGUCAUGUAUCUGGUUGUGAUUUUGUGCUGCUUAGAAAUAAAUGCAUCAAAUAUGUUUAAAAAUUUCUGCUUAAAAUUUUUUUUUUGAAAAAUGUAAGCAGGCCAGUGCCAAUGCCACAAUCUCCCAGCUGCGGAGUCCUGCUAGGAGGGGGGCUGGCAGCUGCUGGGGCCCUUGGCUGGGAGAUGCAACUAUUGCGAUCUCCUCAUUGUGUAAAGCAUUGACUUAGCAUAGAUAUGAAAAUUGAAAGCAGUAGAAUCAGUUAGCAUAGGAGACUUACUUUUGAAAUUGAGGCUUCUAGUGCCAUAUAACACAACUUGGUGAUUGCCCCAAACUUAUAAAAGCAAUUAAAUCAGUUGAUACAACUUAUAAAAAUAAAUAAAUAAAUAAAAAUGUAAAUAUCCCUAUGCAGCUUUGCUAUAUGCAAUAGCUUAACUAGAAGAGAUGACAAAUUUUAAAGUAGAUAGUCUUAUAGUGACAUGAUGCAGAGAUCACAGGAGUAUUCAACCUUAGAGGUAUCUUGUAAAAUUUAUUGUAGACCGCACAGCACUUACUGGGUUGGCAGCAACAGUGUUCUUUCCACGCGUCUUCUAAAUUUACUUAUUUUUACACUUCUUUAAACACUGCAGAGGUAUUUAUCCAGAUAAAUGCUGAAGCCAUUCUCAGAAACAUAUUAUUUGAUGGAUAAUUCAUUGUUUCCAUUGGGGGGGGGGGAGAGACAACAUCCUAAUAUAAAUCAUGCACAAUUAAGAUUUUUUUCAAAAGCAUUUGCUUAUGUAUGUUUUACCUCUAUCUCUAUGAAAUAAAUGUCAGUUACAUAAAUAA